AUAUGGCACAAAUGGAGUGUGAACCCAGCCUAACAAGAACAUUUAUAAAAGAUGUCCAUAGAGUAAUAUUUUUAUGCAAAUGAUUUAAAUGGUCUGCUGCCAUUGUGCGUGUAUGUUUCCGGUAAAAAUACUUUUUGUGUGGUUUCCUACUAAUGCAGACGUUUUCAGUUCCUCCAGCAGUGAUACAGUUCCUAACAGCCUUUCUGCAAAGUUACUUUCUGUUGUACGAGCUGGAAGCUUUUAUCCUCUCCGUAAUGUUCUGAUAAUGUUUUUCAUGCCUCACUAGCUCUUUACAAGACAUCCAAGGAAACAGAACAAAAAUGGAAAAUCUUUUGUGAAAAAACUUGAGUUUCAACUACGUCAUUAGAAAUCUUGAAGUAAAACCACCAGGACCACAACGCUGUGUAUUUUCAGAAAAGGAAAGGGGGAGGAAAGUUUUGUUUAUCAGAAAAUGAGAUGACUACUGCAGUGCAUUCCUACCAGACACCCGUAUAGGACAGUCAUCUCAGGCCAUCCUGCAGCUGACAACAGGGUUAUUCACAAUGAUGAUCACAAGCAACAGUACCUACCUGACUUGUGAAGUGAACAAAGACUUGGAACCAUUUACAUAUGUCUAUUGGUUAAUAUUUAUGGUUGGAUUUUUUGGAAGUUUCUUUGCAUUGUGGGCAUUUGCUUGGAAAGAUAACAACCAGAAAUGUUUAAGCGUCUACCUCAUCAACCUACUUAUAGCUGAUUUCUUGUUGACAUUGGCCUUGCCAUUUAAAAUAGUGGUAGACAUGGGAUAUGCAUCGUGGAACUUGAAGAUCUUCCACUGCCAGGUUACAGCUUGUAUCAUUUAUAUCAACAUGUACCUUUCAAUUAUAUUCCUGGGAUUUGUCAGUAUGGACCGCUGUCUCCAGACUAUACAAAGCUCUAAACUGUACCAAAUACAGAAGCGAGGAUUUGCUAAAAUGUUGUCAGCAGUUGUCUGGGCUCUCGUACUGUUCAUAAUGGUACCAAACAUGCUGAUCCCUAUAAAACAUAUCCCGGAGAGGGAACAUGUUGGGUGUAUUGACUUUAAAACAGAUAUUGGAAAAAACUGGCAUGUACUCUCCAACUUUAUCAGCAUUGCUAUAUUUUUCAAUUGCUCGGUUAUCAUUUUGAUCUCUAACUGCAUAACUAUUAGGAAACUUUACAGCAAUAAGGAUUGUGAAGAAGCCAAUAAUAUCAAAGCAGCAUUGGUAAAGAUCUUUCUCGUAACAGCAGGAUACAUAAUAUGUUUCCUUCCCUAUCACAUUGUUCGAAUCCCAUAUACCUUAAGUCAAAACAAUGUGAUCACAGAAUGCAGCCUGAAGCAGGUGCUGUUUUAUGCAAAGGAGUCAACCCUUUUACUCUCAGUAUCAAAUCUUUGCUUUGACCCUAUUGUGUAUUACUACUUCUCAAAUAACUUCAGGUCUAAAAUAAGCAAGACAUUCUCCUUAAAGAGACAAGAGCGAGUUGUGGUUGGGAGAGAGGACACUAUUACAACAGCAGUUUAGAUGGUGAAUUAUAACAUUGAGAUGUAUUUGGAUUUAUGAAACAACUGCUAGAAAUCAUGAAAAAACAACCAACCAUUGAAUAUAAUGUAAAGUCAUCUAUCACUCUCUGUAACUUAAAGAGUGUAUUGUAUACAUGAUCAGACAGUGAUAAUAUAAAUAAGAGUAUAAGACUAUGGGAUUGUCUUGUUCAGCCAUGCGUGUUUCUGUCUGACCAAUCACUUUUGAUCGGUCAGGGUCUAAACACUCGGACCCCGACUGAUCAAAACUUUCGACUUGUCUCUAUGACAUGUGAAAAGUAUUUUAAAGUGACAGGUACACUUUAAUGAAAACUAUGUGUCAAUAAUCUCUAGCUUAAAAAGAAAAAUACUUCUUUGGAUAUUUAUGUUUUCACUUGUUUUUAUUUAUUUUUUAUUAGCAAAAACGCGGACAAACCGCCCAAUCAGGCACAGAGGAUUUUUUUUCUUUGGUAAAAAAAAACACUGCAUCCAGAUGUUGGCUGCAAGUCAAUAGGGGAGUGCCAUACCCACUUGGUGAUUUUUCACUCCUCUUUGCAGUUUUUCAAAAUCUAAGCAUGUUGAGACUAUUGAAAAUUUAGGUUUUAUAUUGGUGUUUUUUAUGGCCUUUUACAUUUUAUUUUAUCUAUAAGGAGUUAAACAUGUAGCGGUGGACACAGGAACAGUAAAAACUGCCAAAGGAGAAAAUAACACAAAAAUGCAGCAAAAAUGCAGGAAAAUGCCAGUUGACAGUUUUUUUUUUUUUUUGCUGUGGAAAAUUAGCCUUGCUCUGUUAUUCCUCGUGGAAAAUCAGUAAAACAUUGCCGAUAGGUUGUGUCCCUACAUAGUGUAACACUGUCAUCUCUGGUUGGACCAUGUCAGGCCUUGUAGCAACACAUAUGUUCUAUCAUACGGAAUGCAAGUAUAUGCUAAAAUAGAUAUGUCAAGGAGGCUAACAGGUUCUCAUUAGUGAUUGGUUGAGAAAAUACAUAUUUAAAUACCAAGGUAUAGAAUGGUGGAGAAGCCUAUUUGGGAUGCACAUCUAUUAGCAAAAACAUACAGUUGGUACAUAUAGGGUAUCUAGAGAACACAGUCUGUCUGCACUGACAGCCCUUUCCUUUCUAUUUGAGUGACCUAUAUUUAUACAGGCACAAAAUGUCACAGAUUUACUUAAAACCAAUGUUUUACAAGCCAGACUUUAGCUAAUCUGCAGGUUAGUACUCUAAACCUGAUUUUUUAAAGGGGGUAAUCCAAACCAAUUAAACGUAUCCCCUAUCCCCAAGUACAGCACUGAGAUACCCCAGACCCACUGUUGCUAACAAUAACUCCCACUGUGAGCAUGUGGGGGAGAAAGUAUAUAAUUAUUUACAACCCAAGAUUACCCCAUAUCCAUUAGAGACACCAGGUAUGUACUUGGUUUACUAAACAAGAUGGAGUGGAGUCAUGAGUUUACCACCUGCAAUGUCGUCAUUCAUAACUGCCUGCAAGAGGAUAUCUACAUAGGCAUUUUUUUUACUCCACUAAGUACAACUCCUGCAAGAGCCAACCGUGCCAGUUCUGGUCUCACCUGGCAUCUGGCAGUGGUAUGCCCCUUCCCCAGGCCCCUGGAUGCUUGUUAAAAGUUUUCUUUGUAGUUCUAUAAUGGAGCCACAGAGAAUUAUGAACAGCAUGACUUGCAGGAUAGCCAACCGUGCUGGCUAUGGUCCCUCACAUCAUUAUGUGUGUCCUUGGGGAACAGACUACAGGACAGGUUUCACACCAUUUUAGUGAGGUUCAUGUAGGAGGCAAGUUAUUUUAGUAAUUUUCAUAGAAAAAGACCCCCCCCCCCCCCCCCAUGGAAAAAGGCGGCCUACAUAGAAAGAUGCUGAAUCAUGAAAGCUUGGAUUUUUGUUCUUGGAACUUGACAAUCACUCAGUCUAAUCUGAUCUAUGCUGUACUCUCCAAAAAGGUCUUAUGUUUAUUAUUUAGAGAUAUAGUAGUAUUGUAUAAUAGCAAUAGUAAUUAUAUAAUAGUAUAAUUAUAUAAUAGAAUUUUUAUUUUCAAGUUUAUGGUUAGGUGUAUGUUUACACAGGCUCUAAAAAAAAGUCUCUAAAAAUAACCCUCAAAAAUGUGGUUUCCAGCUCUUUCUUUAUUGGGCAAUGUUCGAAAAAAUCAUGUGGUUUCCAAGAAAAACUGCACUUGAAAAAAAAAAAAAAAAAGAGUGAUAUGGCUCGUUUUAGAGGGAUUGUGCUUUAAAGCUCACAUUGAAAACAAUGGAAAAAAAACACACCUGGAAAUCCACUUUAAAAUCAGCACCAAAAACAGCACAACAAAUAAUUUUGAUGACUUUUUUAGUGAGAGUUUUCCCUUGUGUACAAACCUUUACUUUACAAUCAAAACAUGUUUAGUUAGUCUCCGUUGUUGUUUCGAUUACAUUGUUUUUUUUUAUGUAACCCGUCUUCAUUAAACUGGCAAGUUGCGGUCCUGUGAUUGAGACAUGUGAACUUUAUUGUGCAAUUCAGUGUUGUUUAAUAUGUUAUAAUAAAGAGUUUUCACACUGAACACAUCAGAUAUCUUAAAUCUGUAUGUCCCCUGCUUGGAUGUAUUUUGAGUUAUAAUUUACAUUCAAUAAAAAGGGUUCACCUUAA